AUGUCCCACGUUGCCAAGUCCGGUAUCACCACCGAUGCCAAAACCGGCGAGCGAUACAUCCCCGCCUCAACCCGUGCAGAUGGUUCCAAGCGCAAGGAGAUCCGUGUACGCCCUGGCUACAAGCCUCCCGAGGAUAUCGAACUCUACAAAAACCGUGCAGCAGCCGCAUGGAAGACCCGUGCAAGAGGCGGGGUUCCCGGUGCCGAAACAGUGAGCAGCGAGGAGGACAAGGACAAGGCCGCGAAGAUUACGGCUCCAGUGGCGGCACCGACUACAGCUGCCAGCAACAAAAACGCCAAGCGCCGUGAAGCCAAGCGAAAUGCGAAGGAUACCGACGGUGUCGAUGGCAAGGGUGUGGACUCGAACAAUUGGCGUGCCCCGCCACCCAAGAAAGAGGAGCCUGUGCCGGAACCCGUUGAUCUUGAGGCUGAGAAUGAGAAGAAGGCCCGCAAUCUGAAGAAGAAGUUGCGCCAGGCCCGUGAUCUUCGCGAGAAGAAAGAGCAGGGAGAGGGUUUGCUGCCUGAGCAGUUGGACAAAGUUAUCAAGAUUCAGGAGCUGGUGAGACAGCUGAAUGCACUCGGAUUUGACUCCAACGGGGACAAGAGGGCUGGUGAGAGUGCCUGA